UUGAGCUUCCCCAUUUGGCAUACCGGAUCGUCACGUAACAUGCAGAGCCCUAACCGUCUAAACACUACCCGAUCAAAUGACAAAAGAAAGCUGACCCCGGCCGAGGAGCGCCGACUCAUCCACGAGUACGGGAUCAGAUUCGAAGGCCCCAUUCUCACCUCGCACUGGCCGCCUCAAUAUAGCUUAAUCUACGGGAAGCUCCGGGAAAUUGAGGGUGUAAAAUAUGAUCAAUAUCGCUCGAGUCUAGAUUCUUCUCCACAUCGAGUAAAGAGGGUGAGGUCUUUGAAUCGAGCCCAUACCCUGAUCCGGGCCGCGCAUGACUGUCGGAAAUCGUCUUUGCAUGAGGAAGAGUGGAGAAGAUCGACCGAAGCACAUUUGCUGAAGCAUUUCGAUGGGGAGGUUGAAUGGUAGGAUGAUUUACAUUUGUUUAUUUUUCUUGUCCGUGUUUCUCGAUUUGAUGAAUGUCGCCCCUUUUAUCACUUCCACCAUUUAGUAUUGCUGAAAACAUGCGUCUGACUGACUUCUCGUGCUUGCCCUUAGUCACUUUUGUAAAAGGCGUCUCUGGGCUUCUGAAUUUCA